AGGGUUCCAUACUCCAAAGUGGACAAAUUCCCUCACACUGAUCAACAGUUCCAAUUCCAAACAGAGGGCGUUCUUGAUUGAAGAAGAACAAUCAAAAUUCUUCUGAAAAGUUUCACUACGUCAGGGAGGGCGGCCAUUGCAUGGCAUUGGCGAGCUGACCCAAGCUGACUAGAAGAUUAACGGCAUCUUCUCGUUGCGCUGGGAGGUGCACAGCCAACAGGGUGCCACCUGAUGUCCUUGCUGGCUGCUUGCAUUUUCAUCAAGAAAAAAGCCUUGAGAUGCCAGGAUACACAAGGUGUUGAAGAGGAAGCGGCACCCACUUUCAACCUUUCAAGCUUGCCCCAUUGGCUAGUAGCCAAAGUGCCAUCGUUCACUUCAGACAAGAGAUUGCUGUGCCUUCUUUAGAAAUAGACCCGCUUGUACCGUAUCUCAGCAGACAUGCACGUGGCCUAGAAGCACACCACCUGUGCCUUUUCUGCAGCUGCAAGUUCACAAUGGCGACGCCUUUUGGCAGAAGCUACUUUUUUGUUGCUGCUAUGGUUGUCUUCUUGGGGCUGCUCUUCGCUUCUAAAGGGGCCUUCGCCUCAACAAUCUUCAAUAGAACCCUUUCAAUGUAUCUGAUCGAGUAUGAAAGUGCGAUAUACACGGAUGAUGUCGACAGCAUUCGGAGUUGGACGUGCAGUCGCUGCCAUGGGUUGACCACAGGUUUUCUUGUGAAGCAAGUUGUGAAUGACCAGAGGGCGCAAUUAACGGCAAUGGUGGGUGAGUCGCCACAGCUACAGGCAGCCAUUGUGGCCUUCAGAGGAACUCGACGAGAAAGUGUUGUGAAUUGGAUUGCCGACUUGAAAUUCAUACAGCGGCGGCUUGACUACCCCAAAUCGGCGGGGGCGCUGGUGCACCACGGUUUCUACACUGACUACCACAACACGACCAUGCGCCCCGAGCUCACUAAAGCGCUGCUCUCUUUGCUAGCCGAGAAGCCGUCACUCCCCGUGUACGUGAUCGGGCAUUCCAUGGGUGCCGCCCUCGCGAUUUUGUGUGCGCUCGACCUGAGAGUAAACUUUGGCCUUCCGGACGUCCGGCUGUGGAAUGCGGGCGGGCCGCGGGUCGGGAACAAGGCGUUCACCGACUACUUUAAGCGAUGGGUGCCUAACAGCAUCCGCAUGGUCAACGGUCAUGACGUCGUCCCGCAUCUGCCGCCCGUGGACGUUAAUUACCACCACAUAGCCACCGAGAUCUGGAUCUACCACAUCGCACUGUUCGAGUUCGAAAAAGUGUGCGACGGCUCGGGGGAGGACCCGCUGUGCAGCCGAGGCGUCGCUGGGAAUAGCAUCGCGGACCACAAGACCUACCUGGGAGUUCCGGUCCAUUCGACUCCCGAUCUUACCAGCGGGGAUUGGGACAGGAUCCAGCUUUCAUAUACAGCGUUGGGGGUAGACAAAUUAGACAUUGUGAAGCAAGGCGCCUUGACGGCGAGGAAACAAUGGCUUGUAGCCCGGUAACUAGCGUCCGCCACCUUUUGUGUGGUAUACAAUCAUAAUCGUCUGUGAUGAGGCCGCCCGAUUGGCUUUGCUUGCAUUCGCCGAGCAACCAGUGUCAUGCAUCCGAUCAGGGAUGGCUUGGUACGACGACUAUAUAAGGUCUUCACAAAUGUCGAACACACUGCAAUUUACGAGUGGUUGC